GUCGCCACGAGAAUACGAUAACGACAAGGUUAUGUGCCAUGUGCGAGCGGCCGGAUGACAGUAAUGGCAUCUCGCGUGCAGGAGGGAGAAGGAAGGAGGCGGUCUUUGGCAGGAAGAAGAAUCGCGGUGGCGGGGUGUUACGGCUGCAAGCGUUGACGGUAAUGUGAGCAGUGUGAGCACGCGAUUUUGGGAAAUUAAUGUCGCGCGUCACUGCGGAAGGAGAAGAGAGAGGCCGCCGUGGAGCCGAGCGAGAACGCCAGAGAGAAGGUGAAAGUGAGCUCGCAUCGGUAGCAGCGACGCGGCGGAGGCGGCGGCGGCGGUGGUGGUGGUGGCGGCGAACGGUGUGCAUAACCUAAAAAUAAAGCGCUCCGUUCGUGUCCGUGGGCGAUCGAGCGCGCUCGGUAACGUAACCUAUAUCGCCGUUCUGUCGCGCGUUCCGUCGUGGCCUGGUCUCGCGGUGCCGCGCGUGCUGGUCGUGCUAGUGCUCGUCAUACUCGCGCGCUCACCCCGACAGGCUCGGUGUCGUGUUCUCUCCGUCGGCGGCGCGUACGCGUCGACAUGACCGCGCCGCGGACGUGCUCGUCGUGCGACAAAUGACUUCGCGAAAAGGCCGGCAGCACGAGCAGCAACGGGAGAUCAUGGAGACGUCGAGCAGUGAGACGGGAGCGGAGCAGCAGCCCAUUCCCGACAGCACGGUGCCGCGGAAGUCGUGGUCGGAGCUCAGGGCGGUCGUCGGCGAUCUCAGGAGAAAGUUGUCCGGCGUGUCUGCCGGGUCGGUGCCCAGUUCCAUAACUUUCCGAUCUCUUCCGGAUGGACGGACUAGAAUCUAUUUCCUCAGCACUCCGAGCAACGGAUGGGAGACCACGCUCCUAUACGUGGACAUUGCACACGCGGAUCACGCUAAUGGUUACCGACUCCAUUGGCAGCCUGUCAUAGAAGCCAACUUUCAAAGUGUAUCGAGCACGAACAGACUGUCAAAAGAGGAGCAAUUGUUGUGGGAGAGAAAACGGCUGGCCACAUGGGGCAUAACCAGCUACGAGAUCCAUGCGGACAGUGGAAAGCUGGUUUUUCCAGCUGCUAGCAGUCUCUAUCAAUGCGUGGAUACUGGAUUCAUGCCUGGGCCGCUUUUCCCAUCUGAGAUUAGGAUGUCGACCAGUGGUGCAAAACUGUGUCCUCAAAUCUGCCCAUGGAAUAACGCCCUGAUUGCUCACACGUGUUCGGGCGAUCUUUACCUGUCUCAUAGUAUCACAGGCUCCUCCGUUCGACUGACUCACGCUAAAAAAGGAGGCAGAAGCCUGGUGGACGACCCGCUCACCGCUGGCACUCCCUCCUACGUCAUGCAGGAAGAGUUCACGAGAUACAUCGGCUACUGGUGGCAGCCGAAAUCGAUGUACGACGGUGUCUAUAGAAUAGUCUACGAGGAGGUCGACGAGAGCGACGUCAAGAUAUACUGCUUCCCCUCGUCAUCGAACUCGGACGAGGUGGACGAGUUCAGAUUUCCCCGGGCUGGCAUGCCGAACGCCAGAAGUAACUUGAAGAUGGUCCAGUUCCGGCUGACGGAAUCGUUGCAGAUCGUCGACAUUAAGAUACUGGAGCUCCAGUAUCCCUUGCACAUCAUGUUUCCAUGGAUGGAGUACAUGGUGAGAGUCGGUUGGACUCCGGACGCGCAAUACGUCUGGGUUCAGCUGCUGGACAGGAAGCAGCAGAAGCUCGAACUGGUGCUGCUGUCGAUAGACAACUUCUGCGAACCACCGCCCAACACGUACAACACGGAAAACCACUUCACGCCCACGUCGGCGAGCGUCCAGGUGAUAUACUCCGAACAGAGCCCGAUUUGGAUCAAUGUGAACGACCUACUGUACUUCCUCAAGUCCGACGACGCGAACGAGGUGAAAUUUAUCUGGGGCAGCGAGGAGUCCGAGUUUCGACAUCUCUAUCUCAUCACGUCUAGCAUAGCAGGCCUGAGCAAUGGGGUAGAAGAGCCGUUAGACAGGAUGGACAGCGUAUUUCUCCGACCGCGUAUCACGUCCAAGGUGGCUCUGACGCAGGGCGAUUGGGAGGUCCUGGGAAAGAGGAUAUGGGUCGACGAGGUCAACUCGAUCGUGUACUUCUGCGCAUUGCGGGAGGGCCCAUUGGAGCAGCACGUUUAUGCGGUUUCCCUGCGGCGACCGCUAGAGAUACGGCUGCUGACUCGGCCUGGCUACAGCUACAACAGUAUAUACUUCAACAAGGAGUGUUCGAUGCUGGUCACUGUUUAUAGUUCCAUUACAACGCUGCCUACUUGUCAAGUAUUUAAGGUAUCGCAAACCGACUGGACGGUGGAGAGCAUAUCGCUCACGCCCGUAGGCUACCUGCUGGAGCCGUCGACGCCCGAGUCCGAGUUGUUCGCGCCAGAGAUCUUCACGCACAAGAUCAAGUCGGGCGAUACCAUCUACUCAAUGAUAUUCAAGCCUCACAAUUUCCAAUCCGGGAUCAAGUAUCCGACAAUAUUGAAUGUCUACGGGGGACCCGAGGUGCAACUCGUAUCGAACACGUUCAAGGGUCUAAGGCACUUGCGAAUGCACAUGCUAGCUGCUCAGGGUUACUGCGUGGUUUUGAUCGACUCCCGCGGCUCGCAGCAUAGAGGCCUGAUGUUCGAGAGUUACCUGCGCCGCCGAAUGGGCACGGUGGAGCUGAACGAUCAGGUCGAGGUACUCAAGUGGCUCGCGGACACCACCGGAUACAUCGACUUGAAUCGAGUGGCUCUUCACGGAUGGUCCUACGGUGGAUACCUGAGUUUGAUGGGCCUGAUACAGUAUCCCGACGUGUUUAAGCUGGCCAUCGCUGGUGCGCCGGUCGCUUCGUGGAACUUAUACGAUACCGGUUACACCGAGCGUUACAUGGACCUGCCGCAGAAUAACCCGCACGGUUACACGGCCGGCUCGAUCCUGACGUACGUGAACAAGUUCCCCGACGAGGAGAAUCGGCUGUUGAUCAUACACGGGCUCAUAGACGAGAAUGUACAUUUCCAUCACACGAGCCAACUGAUUAACGCCCUUGUGAAGAUCGGCAAGCCGUAUCAGUUGCAGGUCUACCCCAGCGAGAGGCAUAGUCUGAGAAGCCUAGACGCCAGCAAGCAUUACGAAACGACCCUGUUGUCCUUCCUACAGAAUCACCUGUGAAGCGACAUCCCUUCCUCAUACUUUUAACUUUCUUUUCUCUUUUUUUUUACAUUGUUAGAUAGCUACACCGUAUUACAUUGUUGGACUAUCGAGAUGACGGCCGUUAAACGGCCGGGAGAAUAAGAUUUCACGAGUUUAAGUAACUGCCAUUAGUUUACGUACACAUACCGAGAACUUAAGGAUGGCAAACCACGAAAUCUGUGCUGGGUGAUCUUUAUUUCCGCGCAAAAAAAGGGUCAAGUUGUACUUUCAUACACGGUUGGACAUUGCGUAUUAAUCUCUGUACAAAAACGUGCCUCCGUCAAGGGCUAUGAUAGUAUUAUGUUUCUAAUGCGAACCAUCCGCAGUGAGCAUGAUAUGAAUUUCCGCGAGUGUAUGAUUGUAUGCGCGCUAAUUGAUAAUACAUCGGAAUACUUCUAGCCAGAAAUUUUACAUAACUUGCGUAUUCUGCUGGAUAUGAAUAAUUCUCAUCAAUAGCAUUUGUAAAGUUAUACCAUGCGAAAUAUGUGAUCUAGGCGCAGUCACAAUAAUCCUUUUAAUAAUGAUGCUAUUGUUGAGGCUUAACACGGCCGUGAUAAUAUUUGUUAAUUGUGGUUACUUUUUAAGAGAACGGACAAUACUCAAUUUAUUGACAAUAGUUAAUUAGAGAGAGAGGGAACGUGAGAUCAUUUAAGGUGGCCAUUCAUUUUCUGUUUCUCACGGUCGUUUCGCAAUAUAUGUUGAACCCUAGACUUAACAUCCCAACUGUGAGUAUGUAUAUAUGCUGUAUGUAAUCGCAAAGUAACGUGCCUCUUUCAUCUUUCUAUGAAUCGAUAAAGAUUCACGUUUCGGCGAGAAAAACACUACUUGCGUUCUUCAAUGUUGUGAAAUAAUCGUAUAUCCGAUGGAUAAUUAUUUGUCAAUAAAUAAAUUCAUUAUUUUA